AUGCUGGGCUGGCGAGCGAAGAAGCAGAAGAAGCCGGUCGGGGCUCCCGCCUCCGCGCCGGGAGGGCAAGUGGGGGCGGCGCCGGAGGAAGGACCGGUCUUGGGGGGCAGCAGAGGCGCUGAAAGGCGCCCGGGGCACCAAGGACCGGAGCGCGGGGGGGAAGACACCUGGCCGGCUCGGCUGCCUAGGGAGCGGCGAGGGGACCUGCCCGGUCCGCGCCCUCCGGAGGAGCGAUGCCCUCGCCUUGCCCGGGGGCGCCCACCGCCCAUGGGAUGUAGCCGCGGCGGGCCUCUGGGGGGGCUUCCGCGCGCCCCGCUCGCCCUGGCCAUGCUGCUGCUCUGCACCUACUUCUUCUACUGCCUGACCGGCCCCUGCCAGCCCCUCCGACGCCCAGGCCCGCCCGGGUGGCACCCCCAAGCCCGCCCGGCCCCCCGGGCGCCUCUCUUCCCCCACAGCCCUCCCGAGCCCCCCGGGGAGGAAGAAGAGGAGGAGGAAGACGAAGCCGCCGCCGGCCCCGAGGAGGACCCCUCGCUCCCCGAUGCUCCGGCCGGGGCUCUGCCCGUAGCCAGCGGCUUCGGCCAGAAGAAGUUCCCGCAGGCCAUCAUCGUCGGCGUGAAGAAGGGCGGGACUCGCGCACUGCUCGAGUUCCUGCGCGUCCACCCGGACGUGCGAGCCGUCGGGGCAGAGCCGCACUUCUUCGACCGCUGCUACGAGAAGGGGCUGCUCUGGUACAGAAACCUGAUGCCAAGGACCUUGGAAGGACAGAUCACCAUGGAGAAAACGCCAAGUUAUUUUGUGACCAAGGAAGCCCCGCGGCGCAUUUACAAUAUGUCCAGAGACACCAAGUUGAUUGUGGUGGUUCGUAACCCCGUGACCCGGGCCAUUUCGGAUUACACACAGACUCUUUCCAAGAACCCCACCAUCCCCAGCUUCCAAAACCUGGCCUUCAAGAAUCUGAGCACGGGCCUCAUUGAUACCACGUGGAGCGCGGUGAGGAUUGGCCUGUAUGUGAAACAUCUGGACCAUUGGCUGCGUUACUUCCCUCUAUCCAAACUUCUCUUCGUGAGCGGAGAGAGAUUGGUGAGCGACCCAGCCGGGGAAAUGGGCCGCGUACAAGACUUUCUGGGUCUCAAACGCGUGGUGACGGACAAGCACUUCUACUUCAAUGAAACCAAGGGUUUCCCUUGCUUGAAGAAACCGGAAGGGAGCAGCAGGCCCCGGUGUUUGGGGAAGUCCAAAGGACGGCCGCACCCCAAAAUCGACCUGCAGGUUGUCCGACGCCUGCAGGAAUUCUACAGACCUUUCAACUUAAAGUUCUAUCAAAUGACAGGGCAGGACUUUGGGUGGGACUGAGGUAUCUCCUGGCACCACCAAGGAGGCAGAUGGAGUGUGUCUUGGGAGCAAAUGGGAGGCCUUCUCCAAGAUCUCACGAAGUCCAUAACUUCUCCCCAAAAGCCUGUUGGGCAAAAAGGUGCAUCUGAAAUGCAAGCAUCCGAGGACCAUUUUCUGACCCCUUACUAAUUUAUAUAAUUUCCUUCCAAUAAGAGAGGAUGGUUAUGCCUACGGUGUACAGAGAGAGUCUUUUAAGGCCUCCCCCAGCAAAGGAUGGAAAACAUAGAUUGAUUGAAAUAUUCUGCUUAAAUAAAUCUGGCCAAAAUGGAUAAA